AUGGACACUUCAAAGUUCUUUGAAACGCAAAACGAUCUAAGCUUUGAAAACUAUUUCAGAACGACGCAUGAAAACUUUCCCAAAGAUUCAUUAGCUUCAGCACGCUCCAUUUUGCACGACUAUAUCAAAGAUGUUAAAUAUCAGCAACGGCAACAAAACCAUGCGACUGCACGUUUAAAGACAUCAUAUAACGAUGAAGAUCUAAAGAGAUUGAUUCAAGAGAAUUCUAAACGUAGCAACGACAAUGAUCAUUCAACAGUCUACAAUAAUUACAUCUCAAAUAAUACCAUUGAGCAAUUGAAAGUUGAACAGAAUAGAAUAACACAGGACAAAGUUUCAUGUGGCCAGAAGCGUUCUAGAGAAAAGCCCUCGACAUCAAAGCCUGAACAACCCUUUACCUCAACGCAAGGAAAAAGAGAUUGCAGACGUAUUAUAGCCGAGGAUUUUAUAAGUUCUGAAUUAGUUACUGAUGAUGAUUCCAAUAGUGAUAUCACUACUUCGCAAUCGUCAUUCUAUCCAUCUGAUCUUAUGAAUACACCUGUUGGCUAUAACUGCAGAAUCGAUAUGCACGAGCUUGAAGAUGUUCCCUCCACUCCUCUUCCUAUCCGCAAUCCAAACUUUGCUGCGUUAAUAGCUAGCGCAAAGAAAAAGUGUGAUGAAGAUAAGCUUUUUCCUACAGACUGCCUUUCCCGUCUACAUGCGUCUGCCAUUUUUAAAGCUGAUGGCCCUUUCUCUUUAAGCGAUGAUGAUGAUAAUGAUACUGAUGUCUUGCCAGAGAACGUCUACAACAAUAUCCGUGCAUUUAAAAGAGCAAUGCAAAAACGCAUACUUUAUAUUCAACCAAAUACAUCCGCAACCUUGGAACAAAUAGCUCUCAACAACAUCAUCACCUCCACUUACUUGUUGCACGGCAGACCGAGAAUCAAAAGCAAAGGAUCAGAAUUGAACCUCGUUGCUUCUUCUGUUUCUACCUUCUUGAGUCCGCUGUUUUCUGCCCAUGACCAAAUCCAACUUGAGUUUGAUACCACUUCCUGGAUCUUCAAACAAGAUGGCGUUGAAAAUGUGAGCUUGCGUCCUGAUAUCAUCUUCAAUUACCAGCAAUUAAAAGAAGUUGUGGAGAUAGGUUGUGGAGAAGUAAAGAAGCCCGGUGUUUCCCAAGCCUUACUUGAUGAAGACAAAAUGCGCGUGCUUGAAGUGAUGAAGCGUCAGCUGCAUCUUCGCCUGUGCCGUGCAAGGAAAGAAUAUGAAGCAGUAAGCUUUGGUGUGCUUAUACAAGGCACAAAAAUCAUACUUUUGAAAAUGAAGCUUGAUAUUGACAAAGGUCUUUACAUGUAUUAUGAACAGCAGCCAUUUAUCUUGCCCACUACGAAUGACACCUAUGCUCAUAUGGAAAUCGCCUUGGAAGUCAUCACUAAGUUCAAGACACAUAGGAACAAAUGUUGA